AUGUUGGACGCUAUCGUCCCUUCCCUACAGGACUUGGGCAGGAAGGUGCUGCCCACGCUGCCCUCGCUGAGCCAGGACGAAGUCUCUACUAUCUGGGGCAAUGUGUCAGAAUUUGUGGAACGACAGCUAAUCCUGCACAAGGGGGUUCAGAUUCCAGGACUUGGAACUUUCACUUUCAUGAGACAAAAGCUUGAGGUGGGAAACAACAAGUUUAUUUUAAUCCAGAGGCCCAUGUUUAUCAUGGCAGAGAAGUUAGUGCAGCUCCAUGGACUCAAACAAAACAGAGUGUAUACUCCUGGUGAUAUCCCAAUUGUUCCACUUAAUUUUGUCAUGAUAUCCCUGGAGGGUCCAUUUAACAGGGAUGUAGUGGAAGGAUGUGUGAAGGAGACGUUGCUUUUUUUAUCCCGAUCCAUUUCCAUCAAACAAAAUGUGGAGUUUACAUUCAAAGGAAUUGGGGUCCUCGUGAUCAGAGACAGCAAAGUAAAAAUGAGAUUUUAUAAGGACUUCCUUUGUGCUGUGGAUGGAAGUGGGGCUUUGGAAAAAGCCCUAGCAAAAAGGCCUGGCACUGUGGACUCAGUGCUGUCCAGCAGAGAGGCCUUUGGGAAGCGGCCCAGCAGCGUGCUUGCAUUUCCAAGGAUUGAUUUCAAGGAGAUGGAGAACAAACCACCUAUGGAGACCAUUGCAGAGGAAGGCAGAGAGAAUAGACAAAAGAAGUCCAAGUUAAAAGACCAGUCAGACAAAGAGGAAGGCAUCAGAGAGAUCUUGUCGCCCAAGAGACUUAGAGAUAGACAGGCUAUCUCCCCUGCCAAAGUGACAAGUGUCAGCUUACUGGACAAGUUUGAGCAAAAUGGGAGUGGUGAGAAGAAUAUGACCCCUGAAAGAUUAUCAUCGCCAGGUUGUCUGAAAAAUGACAAUGAAAUGAAGCCCAGAACAUCUCCAGCCCUUGCUUGCCUGGGUCAUAAUAAGGCAGGACAGGAAAUGUGCUAUGUCUGUUUGCAACGAGCACAACGCAAUUGCCCAUUGUACUUUGGAGAGGAGAGGAAGAGAGAGAGAGAUGAUGAGCGGCUCAUACAGCAGUACCAAGUGCUGAAGGAUCAGGAGGCGCUCUUCAAACAGCAGAUGAAAAGUCUGGCUACUAGAGAGCAGAAUCAGAAAAAUGCUGCCUAUAAUCUUGGAGUUGCUGAAGCUAUCAGAAGCCACAAGAAUGAGAAACCUGAAUUCUAUAAAUCCUUCCUGUUUGAUAAACGGCCACUCAGUCCUGAGCUGAAUGCUCUUAAGCAAGAGGAAUAUUGCCAAAGUCUCCUGAAACAAAUGGAUAACAGACGGGAAAAAGAAAUAAAGCAAAGACAAAACAAAGAGCUGAUGGACCGCCUAGAACAAGUGCAACUCACAGAGGAACUUGCUGCGCAAAGAGCCAAAUACUUAAAAGAUAAGAUGGAAGAAACACAGUGUUACAAGAGAGCUUUGGAUGCACAGGUAAAGAACAGACCCUCGCAGCUGCCCAUGUUUGAGCCAGACUCCUCUGAGCCUAUCUUUGGUAAGGACGAGGGUGAGCUGAUGGCAGAAAAGCGAAAGCGAGAACAGAAUUGCAUGAAGCACCAGCUGGAGACAGCUGCUGGCCGCAAGACGAGAGCCAUCCUGCACCAGCUGCUGGACCAGAGACGGGACUUGCAGCUGCUUCAGAGGACACAGCGACAACACUUGGCAGACAGAGCUGCCGAGCUGGAGCGAGUGAACAGAAUCAACCAGUGCUUACAGGAGGACUGGGAAAGGAGUGCUGCGAUGAAGAAGCAGCGGGACCUGGAAGAGAAGGCUUUUGAGCGGGCUUCGGACAAGCUGUUCCUCCUGGACCAGUGCGCGGAGUACGGGCGCUGCAAGCAGUGCCAGAGGCGCACCUCCAACGUGGGCGCCAGCAACCUGUGGCCGCUCAACACGUUCCUGCACGGCUCCCGGCUGUUUGUGUAA